CUGCGGCGUUUUCCUGCCUGUCAGGUUCCUGCAGUUGAUAUACUCCUGUUUGCUCUUCACCAUGUCCGAGACCGCGCCACCCGCUCCUGCGCCGCCUACCUCCGCCGCCCCGGAGAAACCUGCGGCUGGCAAGAAGGCGAAGAAACCAGCAAAGGCCGCGGCGGCUGCCAAGAAGAAGCCCGCGGGGCCCUCCGUUUCCGAGCUGCUGGUCCAGGCUGUCUCCUCUUCCAAGGAGCGCAGCGGUGUGUCGCUCGCCGCGCUCAAGAAGGCGCUGGCAGCCGCGGGCUACGACGUGGACAAGAACAACAGCCGCAUUAAACUGGGUCUGAAGAGCCUGGUGAGCAAGGGCACCCUGGUGCAGACCAAGGGCACCGGCGCUUCGGGCUCCUUCAAGCUCAACAAGAAGGCGUCUUCCGGCGAGGCCAAGCCCAGCGCUGGCAAGGGGGCGCCGAAACCCAAGGCAACAGGCGCUUCUAAGAAGCCCAAGAAGGCUACCAGCGCUGCUGUUAAGAAAGUCAAAACUCCAAAGAAGAUCAAAAAGCCACCAGUGACCAAGAAAGCCUCCAAGAGCCCCAAGAAGCCUAAGGCUGUGAAGCCCAAGAAAGUAGCCAAAAGCCCUGCCAAAGCCAAGGCUGUGAAGCCCAAAGCGCCUAAGGCUAAGGUGACCAAGCCAAAGACCGGCACCAAGCCCAAGAAGGUAGCACCCAAGAAAAAGUAGGAGUUCCCGUUGGAACCUUGUUCCCAGAACCCAACGGCUCUUUUAAGAGCCACCAACAUGUCUCUGCAAAAAGAGCUAUGAAGUACACAGGCAUCGGGCUCAUUGCCGUUCCUCAGCCCCCUCGCAAAUGCCCGGUCUUCUCUGCAUCAGAAACACCGACAAUCAAAAUUCUCACUAGGAAUCCCAAAUUUGGUUUUGCAGCUCCCAGGUGACUUGAAGUCCCACACUCCAAACUAGAUAUUGGUGCGAACUACCUGCAGCCCAGGCUGGGAGUGCCCCCCUUGUCUGCAGGAUUCCCUGAAUCAGUCUUUAGUGAAAUAGGAAUGCUUUGGGGGAAACCAGUGGGACCUAUGGCUUAACAUCCGCCUCCAGACGAGCUGCCCCUUGCAGUAGCGGCGAGGCACUGGUGUGGAUGGCGCACAGGCGGCUGUCUGGCGGUGGGCCUGCUGCAGCGCCCCUGUGCUGUGCACUGACCAUUCCUGGUGUGCCUCUUGGCACGGAGCCGGACCCUGCGUGGAUCUGCCGGCUGCCCUCUAGUUUCCAGCCAGAGUGAGGACAAAGGUUCCUGGCUGCAAUGGAGCUUUAGGACCAAAUAUCAAAACCCUUACCCGGUUUUUCUGUUUAUAGAAAAAGAACGUCCCUGAUUGGAUAUUUGAAAUUCCCACUCUCAGCCUCACUAGA